AUGCGCCGCUAUUCUGCAUAUCGGGAAGAGGCUUUCAACGACUUCCCGGAGGCGUUAUGUGGGAAAACGUACUUUGAAAUAGAAGAUUACUGCAAACGUUCAUGGCCUCGAUAUCAACCGCUUGUAUGGCGUGCCUACCGUAGCGCUGAUGAACUUGCUCGAUCGGACGAUGGUAAAGGUCUUGAACUUAAGUUGAAGGGUGUUGGAGUAUACCAUUUUGCUCGGCUCAAUCGAAUAUUUGACUACAUGGUUCUUACGCAUAAGCCGGAUGAUAUAACAACAGAUGGAAUAGUAUCUUCUACUGGCGUCCUUUAUGGAGGCGUAAGUGACUAUGACUAUUUGGAUAAGGCUGUACGUGACUGGGUGCGCCAUCUUAUACUUAACAUGUUUGUCGUUGGAAUCGCUUGGCUCACACAAAUGUAUAUUUAUAUGCUCGACACAUUCAGACAAAAUGUAAAGCUUUAUCUACUUGCGCCAGGUAAGUAUAACCACCUUGUCCACCACAUCAUCUUUCUCAACGCUGUUGAUCGCGACUUCCAUAAAACGACUCGAACAUGGAUCCGUAAAGCUGUACAAACAAUUCGUGAUACGUGUGAUUCAUACAGUGCCUAUGCUCAUUACGAUAUCACUGCACGUCUCAAGAAACAGACUUUUGCCAUCCCAACACACAUCAAACACAAGCUUUUUGAUCAGAAAGUACUUGAUUUACUAGAUGGAACUGACCAAUACGACGCUGACGAGCACAAUUCAUCAGUAACAAUUGCUGAGAUCUUUGAGCGCAUUCCAAAGCAAAAGUUACUCGAUCGCAUCUUUGGCUCUGAGUCGUUUUUGACACAGGACCGUGAUCCUCAAACGCUAAACCACCACGAAAACGGUCGCUCUGCAAUUCAUGAGCUCUACCAAGCAAUUUGCGGUCAAAUUAUCAAUGUCACUUUCUCACAAUUCUACAGUAAUGUUGUCAUACGCAUUCAAGAGUUUGGUUCGCCAAAAUUGUUUGGUGCGCCCACAGGCGCUCAUUCCCUCCAUACACGGCUUAACCGAAUGGCGUUGACACAAAUCUCUAAUAUCGCCAAUAUCAAUACUGAAGCAAUCCGUCAAGAAAUCGAGGCUUGUGAAAAACAAAUCGGUGAUUUGACGAUUGCUCAUAAACUUCUUGAUAAUGCAAUUCGUGUCAUGUCUUCAUCGUCACCGGCUUCCAUCAGAAGUGAUCAACAGCGGCAGCAAGAAUACGCUAAUGCCGUAGAGGCUGGGAAAGCAACAGUGGAAAAUCUGCAACGACGGCGUGGUCUCUUUAACCAACAGCAUCGGCCCGAACGAGGUCGUUUAGAACGAUUUUCGUCAGCCACAAGUGUUGAUCAUACAAAUUCGAGCGAACGAUACUACAAAGAUGAGUCUGACGAAGAAGAGCAAGAGCUAAUGAAUGAAACAGCCGACACACGGGCCAAAAUUCUCAUGUUUCAUAUGUAUCAGCGGCAUGACAGACAAGAUCUUCAGCUUGGGCUCCCAUCGAAAGACAGUCUUAGUCAAGAUGAAUUAAAGCCAAGAUCUUUGGCACACAUUUAUGUCGAUCCAGAUACAUUGGACUACGACAAAGCGAUACAAACAAUUCUUGAUAUGGACGGAAUAUCUUAA